CACGAUGAAGUCCUUCAUCUGCGAGGGCUGCCGCUUCAGUGUACAACUCAUUGCUACAACAACAACAAAAUCCGGCAAUCGCUGAAUAAAGAAGUUAUUUUAGGCUUUUGACCCAUUCAGAACAUAUUUAGUAUGGAUAUUAAAAGACACAACGGAAAACCACAUAGAAAGUUGCAGAUAUAUGCAUCAGAUAACAGACAGUCGGGCGGACAAUGCUUUGUGGACCUAGAAUGUCAUUGCUGCUAAAAAAAUACAUACAUACAUAGUAUAUGCUUUCUGGCACUAGUUCGAGGUGGUAAAACGGAAUGACAAUGUUGGGAUAUCCCCAACACCGCCCGAUACGAGACGGCUGUGAGCAUCACACAGGUUGGAAAUCUGAGCUCUAAUUUAUGUGGUGUUCAUCGUCAUCACGAGAAGCUCAGCUGGAGGCCAAGGGGCGCGUCUCCACGUUGCGGACAGUAAAAUGCUUUACAUACGAAGCGGCUGAAACUGCAGUGGCGGACAAUCAGCUAUAUCAAGUGGAGAGUCUCAGUGAGCGGCCGGACGGCAUCGGCUCUUGCUAAAAUACUGAGUGCCCAUGUUACUCGAUAUGACAAGGCAAGUUAUUGGCGCCUUUAAAUAACCAAUGGCCAGAAUGUUCCCCUAGGGAUCGACCUUGCUCACCUAUGGAGCUUGACCAACAUCGCUACCUCCAACAACUAUUGUGAAGGGUAAACAAAUAUAACUGAAGAGUCAUGCUUACAGCAUAUUUUUAUACAUGAUUCGUAAGAUCAUGCCAUCACCCGUUUGGAACACCGUCAACGCCGUUCUAUUCACCAUAUCAUACACCACCAUACACGUUGAAUGUGGGCCCCAACAAUACUAGCCCAUGGCCAGAGUAUACAUAUCCUCCAGCUAGCAUGAACGAGGAUGUUUUACAAAUGCAACAGCAACAGCAACAUCAACAGCAGUUACGGUUUCCAACACCACCUAUAACACCUCCCAGAAGUUUUAAUUCACCUGAGCAAGAACUACAACCACAACCACAACAGCAACAUCAACACCCUGUGGAAUUACAACAUCAACUAACUACACCUCAACGUACACAAUCAGUCAUUAUGAAAAUUGGCCAUGACCAAAGUCCUCACUAUUUACCAGCCGAUUUGCCUUAUACUAAUACAACAAUACAUCGCGGUGGCGAUAAUCAUCCACAUCAUCAAAAUCAUGAUACACCAAGCAGUGGUACUUCAUCUCCUAGCUCCAAUAAUGAUUUUGUGUGCGAUUGGGUCGAUUGUGGAAGAUACUUUGAAAGCCUUGAAUUCUUGGCAAUUCAUGUUACCCAAAUCCAUGCAGUAGCUUCAAUAAUAGAUGGCCUUUACUAUUGCCGUUGGGCUGGAUGUCAUCGCACCCAAAGGGGUUUUAAUGCUCGCUACAAAAUGUUGGUACAUGUUCGCACUCACACCAAAGAAAAACCCCAUCAGUGUCACUUGUGCAGUAAACGAUUUUCACGUGCGGAAAAUCUCAAAAUCCACAUACGUUCCCAUUCGGGCGAAAAACCCUACAUCUGCUCGUUUGAAGGUUGCAACAAGGCCUAUUCGAAUUCAUCGGAUAGAUUCAAGCACACACGAACCCAUUCAAUGGAAAAACCUUACAUGUGUAAAGUUCCGGGUUGCCAGAAACGAUAUACCGAUCCCUCAUCCCUAAGGAAACAUGUAAAGACCUUUAAGCACUCUGUGCAAAUGGUGCAUCCUAAGCCAACAACUUCUCCACCAACGUACAUGCAUCAGCAACAAUAUCAACAUCCCAUUCAUAAUAGUCCAGAUGAAUCUCGUUUCUCACCCUUGGAAACCCAGGAACAAACAUAUCCCUCAUAUCACCUAGUAAUGACAGCAGCGCCAACAGCUGCAGUAGGCCAAGAUUCAUUUUGUAUGGCCAUGGAAGAAAUGUGCCACAUAAGAGCUACCUUGGAUUGCUAUAAAACCACACCGCACAGGCCGGUGGACUCUGACAAUUAUUGGUUAAACGAUGAGGCUGAAACAAAAUCGCCGCCAAAUUUUCAUUCGCAUUUUCACAGCCCCACCUUGACGCGAGGAGAUGAGCUAACAUUGGACUUGACAUCGGAUAAGCCUCUAGACUUAAGAGUUAAUCGUUUGAGUUAAACUACAUGUGCAAAUUACUUGCAUUGAGUAUUAGAUUGCUUUGUCUAAAAAGCAAAACAAUGAGCACUAUAAAAUUCUAGUCUGACUUUAGUCUUCCUUCUUUUUUAGAUUUAUGUAUAUUAAAUAGAUUUUCUAUAUAACUUGUUACUUUAACCUUUAUGGGUUAAAUAAAAAAAAGACUGUUUUAAUGUU